AUGCUCCAAUACAGGACUACUGGAUAUAAUGGUUAUGCGUGCAAAUAUUCCCCUUUCUACGACAACAAGCUUGCUGUAGCCACUGCAGCCAACUAUGGGCUUGUGGGGAACGGAAAACUCGUCAUCUUGUCUAUUCAAGACAAUGGCAUGGUGGUGCAAGAUACAGAGUUUGAGACCCAAGACGGCUUGUUCGACGUGGCGUGGUCUGAAAUUCACGAAAACCAGGUUCUGACAUGUGCUGGUGAUGGCUCCAUUUCUUUGUUCGACAUUUCCCUGCAGAGAUUCCCCAUUCAAAGAUACCAAGAACAUACCAGAGAGGUCUUCUCCGUUUAUUGGAACAUGGUAGACAAAGGAAUUUUCUGCUCCUCGUCAUGGGACGGUACAAUCAAAGUCUGGUCACCAAAUCGACAGCAGUCCAUGCUUACACUCGUCUCAUCGACGGAUUCUUCGCCCUCAGUGGACGGACCUUUCGUCCCACUUUCCACUAAGCAAACAGGAAAGCAUCCCACAGAUUGCAUGUACCAGGCUACGUUUUCUCCACACUCGCCGUCACAGCUGGUUUCUGUGAGCUCAUCUUCACACUGUCACGUUUGGGAUAUCAGGGCGCCGCAACCCUUGCAGAUAGAUUUCAUAGCACAUAACGGCAUGGAAGUGCUAUCUUGUGAUUACAACAAAUACAGACCGACAGUCAUUGCCACAGCCUCUGUGGACAAAUCGAUAAAAGUUUGGGAUCUCCGCAUGAUUCCAAAUGUCCAGCAUCAUGUUCUCGGGACAGCGAACAAGACUGGACCAUCGCCUGUCAACAGAUUCAUAGGACACGAUUUUGCUGUUCGCAAAGUCAGCUGGUCACCACACUACUCGGACACUUUGCUCAGCUGUUCGUAUGACAUGACAUGCCGGGUUUGGAAAGAUCAGACCGAUAAUAGCGCGCGGUUCAUGAACAAUAGAUUAUGGCACGGUCGAUCUCUACUCAAGACGUUCGAUAAGCAUAGGGAGUUUGCCAUUGGCUGCGACUGGUCUCUUUGGGGUUCUGGAUUUGCUGCUAGCGUAGGAUGGGACGAAAUGUGCUACAUUUGGAAAGCUGUAUAA